GGAUAUGGGUUUGCUUUACUCGUACUUAUUAGAUUUUGGAUUAUUUUGCAUUUGAUUUUCUUCAAAGGUUUUAAAAUUACUAAUUAAUGAACACAGUGUUAUUAAUAUUGGUAGAAUAAUAGAGUAUAAGAUAAGAAGCAACGGUUCAUCGGUUAAGUUAUGUCGUACAAUAUUAAAUCGAUAACUUUGUAGUUGAAAGGCUUCAGAUAAUUAAAUUACCACUACAAAUGUUUCAAAAGUAUUGCAAAUACGAUUUCAAUGACGAAAUGGAAGAAGAGCAACAAAAAAAAUUGUAUUAUUGUUCGUAUGCAGGCUGCGCAUCAUAUUUUGAUAGACCCUAUAGAUUAGCACAGCACUUUCUGGCUCACAAUAACAUAAGACCAUUUCCUUGCAAUCAGCCUAAUUGCAACAAAGCAUACACAAACAAGAGUCACUUGGAUCGCCACAUGAAUUCUGUGCACUUGCCUCAAGAAAAGGAUGUAGUUUACAGCUGUUCACAAUGCAUGAAACCAUUUGCAAACCGUCAGAAUCUCAAAAGACAUAUUAAUACUGUCCACGCUGUUCAGUUUACAUGUGAUCUGUGUAAAAUGACCUACAAAAAGAAAAAUCAACUUACAGCCCAUAUGUAUCAACACACGGGUAUAAAAGCUUUCAAAUGCGAUAUUUGCACAGAUACAUUUGUUAGUCUUUACCUAAAGAAGAGACACAUGAGAUAUCACAAAACUUACAAAUGUGAAGAUUGUGAUUUAGUUUUUAAUCACUGGUCAAAAUAUCAGAAACACAAAAAAUCUAAACAUGUUCAGAGUUACUCAUCAACUCCUCAACAACUUAAAUCAUUAAAAUCAUUAUUUGAGAGCAAUGUCACAGUUUUACAACCGAAAUUUAAUUUACGGCUCCCCGGCGGUGAGCGUCACAUGUGGCAGUCACCUUCGGCCGAAGACUACGCCGAAGUGUUUGUUUGUAAUGAAUGUAAGAGAACAUUUAAAGAAAGAGGUCACAUAGUAAGACAUCUGAAAACACAUGGCCAGAAAAAAAUUACCAAAACAUUCCCUUGUCCCUAUGAAAAUUGCCCAAGGUUUUACUCCAGGAAGAGUAAUCUUAAGCAGCAUAUUUUAGUAAGCCAUAUGCAAAUAUACCACAAAUGCACACUUUGUGAGGCACAACUAUCCACUAAGGCUAAGUUAAACUAUCACAUGCAAUUGCAUUAUAAAGUAAAACCAGAAGUAGUACCAAAAACUGGCAAGGAGCGGAAGCCUCGGAAAGAUGAAGGAACUUUCAAAAUAUCAACAGCUCUCAAAUUAUCUGGACUGCCUGUCCCUCCUGAAAAACCUGUUACUUCAAACAGACCUGUGAAUUUGUCUGUAAAACCUGAACACAUAGAGGUUGAAGUAGAUGUUCAUGUCUGAACAGUAUUUAUUAAAACUAUUUUGUAGUUUUUAAGGAAAUCUUAUUAAAAUAAGAAUGAGAUUGCUUGGUCCCCUACUGCAUUCUAAUAAAUAUCUUCUUGAUCGCAUCUUUUGAUGCUGGUGUACCAAGUUUAUUAAAUUAGUAUGGUAUUAAUAAAGCAUUGACAGACGACAUCGUGUGAAUGUAGUCAUUUGCACUAUGUCUGUAGACUCUGCUUGGAUUAUAACUUCUAGCAUUCUAGACGGAUAGAUGUUGUAUUUUGUUGAUUAGUAAGAAUUUAUAAAAACUAGAGAAGUAAGUAUACUGACACCUUCAUGUUUAUUAUUAUUUUUAGAUAUUUUUUCAAUUUUUGCUUACAUUAGGUAAAAGAAGUUGGUAUUCUUUUUACAUAUUUACUAUGUAGUAGAGUAAAACCAAUAUGAAAGCCGCCUCUAUUUUUAAUGCAUUAAACAAUAAACAUGAAAGUGAUUAUCAAAGUAAAUUAAAUAAAAUUCUUGACAUUUAGUUAAUAAGAAAACUAAAAACGUUUCCUAUUCAUACUAAGCUUAUCUUUUUAAUAUAGAUAUUCAUAAUUAAAUGUAAUCUUAAGCAUUUAAAUAAAUAUUGGUUUAAUUGUAGUUAUUAGCAAAUUGAAUCAUUUAUGCUGGCAUUUAGUAAUCGAUAAUACUGCGGAGUGAAAAUUAUUUGAAUUGUAAUAGAGAUUUCUUAAUAAAUUAACAGUUGAGAAUAAAAUAAUGUUUCUCUACA